CAUGCUGAUCACCUGCGCGAUGUCAUCUUGCUUACUGUCCACGUAAAUGCGCUGAGAGAUUCGAACUCCACGACUUCCGAGGCGUGGCGGCGAUUCGGAUUCUGGUUGCUUACGCUUGUGCUUACUUACUCCUCUCACCACUUCUUCUUUCUUUCUUUCGUCUGUUCCCUUGCACCGUUUCCCUCUCCUCCCCAACCUCUGCUUUGCUAUCAGCACUUGCCGCGAGACUUGCUUGUCAAACUUGGUGCAAUGCCUACGAAUACCAGCGCCGAAGACGACGUGCUCCACAGCCCGCGUCCGAGCCAGAACGAAUCGCUCUACUGCACCUCGGACGACGACGACGCAGCCACGCUGGACAUCACCGCGUUCAGCAACGACGGAUUCUCCGACUUCAAACUCGACUUGACGUGUCUGGUGUCCCCGCCGCCGUCCCCACCCCAGCCCGCUUCCCCGCAGCUCCACCCUGUCUCCUCGAUCUCGUCGUCCGCCGCGCGGCGCUCCGUCUCGUUUUCCAGCCCAGCGCCGAUUGGGAGCAUCGUGCGGCCGGCAUCUGCACCCCGGCUCGGGCUGGGCUUUGGCUCGACGACGGCCAUGGGAGCUCCGACGGGGACCAACUCGUCCUCGUCGCCCCGGCUCUCGUUCACGCUCCCCAUGACGGCGAACUGUUCCCGAUUGGGACGGGGGACCCCGAUCGACCCUGGGCGACGGUCCGAGUGGGCCGGGCACGGAGGCGUCGACCUGGGCGCGCGGGAGGACGGGGUGCUGUUCUCGACGGUGCGCUCGUCGUCGGGGUCGUUCCUGUUCGACGGCAGCGGCGGCGGCGACGCGCGGUCCGAGUCGCCGCUGACGGAGUGGAACUACGUCUCGCCCGUGCCCGUGCGUGCGGCGAGCCUGCAGCUGCUGCAGCCGCUGCCGAAGAUCUGCCUGGCGGGCAUCGACGACACGGAGGGCGGGUCCGCGUCGGCGUCGCUGUCCGAGUGGGUCUCGUCGACGCAGAAGAUGUUCGCGUCGCCGUCGACGGUGUCGCUGCCGCCCGUGUCGCCGAUGACGACGCAGUAUGAAUCGGCGCGCGAGUCCGUCGAGGACGUGUCCUCGCAGCACCAGCACCAGCCGCAGGAACAAGAGCAGGAGCCGCAGCCGCAGCCUGAUCUGCUCGGGAUGUCGCUCGUGCGACGCGCGUGCAGGACCUCGAUGCGAUCGAAUGUGCCGUGCGCUCCGCGGAUCAAGAUGACGUCGUUACCCCGGCCGAGGGCGGCGCUGCACGCUGUCAGUGGAGGUAUCAUCAGCGCGUGGUUCCGGGGAGGCAGGCAGGCAGGCAGAUAACCGAAACGAAGGUCCGUCUGCCGAAAAGAAAAAACAACCAAAGCCACAAAAAAAGAAAAACGAGGACGAGGACGAGACUCACUGGCCCGGACGGAGAAAUCACUCUGCGUGCCCACGAUCACGAUCUCCGCAUCCUUCGCGAUGAGCGCAUCGAGCCGCGUGCCCGUGAACGCGUUGUUCUUCUUCUUGUCGAUGACGUGCUCGCGCGCGAGCGGCGUGUGCUCGAGCUCCCACCCCGCCGUGUGCGGCUCGUCCAGCUCUCCGAAGUCGCCCGUGUUGCGCACGUGCACGAUCAGCGGCGGCUCCGCUGACGCGCGCGCGCGGGCUAGGACGAUCGCGAUGUUUGCUCGUAGGGCGCGUGCGGAGGGGACGCCGACGGGUGGGUCGGAGAGGAAGCCGUGCUGGGCGUCGAGCACGAGGAGGACGCGGUGUGAUGGAGAGGUGCUGCUUGUUGUGGGCAUAAUCGGUGUGAGCCUUGCAGGAGAGAUAGAGAGGGAGAAAGAUGUAGAGCGUCGUGCACCGGGUAUUUAAGUUCAAACCUGCACGCGUCGCUUCCUGUAUGUGUGACGCGUCAGGGUCUCCGUGUGUGAGCAGAGCGCAAACGCUCAGUGUACGACAUCGACGUACCCGGAGAAAGGCUGUCUUCCGCUCGUGGACGCCAAGGAACAGAAUGCGACAGAACACGGCGAUCGAUGAAGUCGCCUCGCCCUCACUGUCAGGUCGGCGGCCUGAACCGAAGAUGGGCUGAUACCGCUACCCAUGGCGUCAUUGAUGAACAGGUUCUCGUGGCCCUCGAUGAGCGAUCCGCUGCGGAUCCGGGUCUUCUGUGCGAAGUCUAGCGUUGCACACCGCUGAACACUAUAACCGACCCUGGAGCGGAUUCGGUUCGUCGACAUGCGCUUCGUGCAAGCACAUGCGCUUCGCGAACAUGCGCUCCAUCAUCAAUCUCGUCGACGGUCAAAGUGACGCGGACCAUUUCAGAAUGCCUUCGCCGCUUCAUUUCUUUCGGAACGCCGCCAAAACUCCUCCACUGGCGUGCCCCGACAUGUUGGCGCCCCUCUGCAUCGGUCAAAAUUGCACUCUGUUCUCCAAUUGGCAAUACACAUCGAAGUUGAGAUACAUCUGGUCACUGCAGCAUUCUCUCAGCUUCCUCUGCACUCUUCCUCACUGGACUCGUUUCCGCCGCAGGCGAUACAGCUUGAAUCCAGUCUCGGCCAGCGACGCCUAUUGGUCUG